AUGUCUGACACUGAAGAACAACCCGUUGUCCAACAACAAGAAAUCCAAUUCGUGGAACUUGCCACCCCCAUCCCUGCUGAAGUGCAAGCUGGCCAAGGUGAAGUCAAGCUUUUCAACAAGUGGUCGUUUGAAGGCAUCGAAAUCAAGGAUGAAUCGCUUGUGGACUACAUCCAAGUCCAAAAGCCCAUCUUUGUCUCGCACACUGCUGGUCGUUACGCCGCCAAGAGAUUCAGAAAGGCCCAAUGUCCCGUCGUCGAAAGAUUGACCAACUCGUUGAUGAUGAACGGUAGAAACAACGGUAAGAAGUUGAAGGCUGUUAGAAUCGUCAAGCACGCUUUUGAAAUCAUCCACGUUUUGACCGAACAAAACCCCAUCCAAGUCUUGGUUGACGCCAUCGUCAACUCGGGUGCCAGAGAAGACUCCACCAGAAUUGGUUCUUCGGGUACCGUCAGAAGACAAGCCGUUGAUGUCUCUCCUUUGAGAAGAGUUAACCAAGCUAUUGCUUUGUUGACCAUUGGUUCGAGAGAAGCCACCUUCAGAAACAUCAAGACCAUCGCCGAAUGUCUUGCUGAAGAAUUGAUCAACGCUGCUAAGGGUUCGUCGACCUCGUACGCCAUCAAGAAGAAGGACGAAUUGGAAAGAGUUGCCAAGUCUAACCGUUAA